UGUUUUCUGUUUCUCCUUUUUCUUUUUUUAUCGUGUUGGCUUUACAUUCGCAGUGGACUAAAAACAGCGCAGUUCGUUGGAAUAACUUAUAAUUAUAAAAUGAAGUACAUAAUCCAUGUGUCUGUGCUAUUCCAUAGCAGUGCACUGUGAACAUUGAAGAGACAAGACACCCAGUUUUAUUGCACGUAUGAAUUAUGACUGCAACAAAUAGGUUGUAGUUGUAAAUCAAGGCCCUUGAAAUUAAGUGAACUGGACGACUUUUUGAGGCAACAUGGAUUCGAAUAAAUCCCCUGUAUUGAAACAAAGUCUCCUUGUAGGCAAAGACAAAGUGAAUAGUAAAAUAUCUCUGUGGCAACAAAGAGUAGCCGUGCAUCAAGAAAAGCAGCUGAUCAACCCAUUUUCCGACUGGAGUGGUGCAACGCACAGAGCUGUUUUGGACAAGAAUGACUCCAGAUAUGGGUGUCCUGUGGAAGGUUCCAAGACAGAAUACAGAGGCAAGCUGGCAGGCACCCUGAUUGGUGCAGAGAUUGUAGAACUAUGCCAUGUCAUCGCUGAUCUUGGAGAAAAGUCUUGUAAUGGCCAGUUUGUCAUCAGCUUUGGUCGUUUGUUUGAAGCCUAUACCAGGAUCUCCAAUAAAUUAGUCGGGAUGCUGAUGAGAGCAAGAAAACAAGGAUUGGUGCACUUUGAAGGAGAAAUGUUAUUUCAGCGCAGAGAUGACGAUGUAGUGAUCACCUGCUUUAAAGUUCCUGAUAAUUAAUACAUGAUGUAAUAACUUUGGAGCUGGUAGACUCACUGAAUAGGAUCUGAUUAAUGUGUAGUUUCUUAUGACCCGAUGAGUUGAAGUAAUUAUUUGUAAAAUUAUAGAUGGUGUCAAUUUACGUUGUUUGCAAUAUGUACCUACCUUACUUGAACAACAUUUGGAUAAA